ACCAGUGCCACUUUUGCUCCUUUUCUAUGACAAAGGUGACGCUGACGACGCCAUAAAUAUUCUUCAGCGUGCUCCCGACGUUCUUUCUCAUUCGCCAUGGCUGCUGCCACUUCAGCUACCCAGGUCCAAAACAUCCUCGACAAGCUUCGCGAUAGUCCCGUCGAUAGCGAGAACCUCAGCAACGAUGUCCUGGCUCAGGUAUAUAACUACCUUAUGGGUGUUUCUAAGGAUAUGGAGGAUAUCCACUGGUUUUGUGGCCGGGCCACUACCACAACCAUCGCAGCGGCAACCUUCCUCAUUAGAUUAUUUGCAUAUACCAGCACCCUAGUGCUGACUUGGAAGGAAAAGUUGUCAGCGUGCGUGAUGAAGUGCGCUGACUGUGCUUGCGGGCUGGAAAGGGCGAAAUAUUGUUCCAGGACUACGUAUCUCGCAGCGUUUUCUGAGGAAACAAAGAACGCUUUCUACACCAAAUUUGAACAAUGGGAACUUCAGUCCGUCCUGGAAAGUUUGUCUGCUGUAGGGAUUACAGCAGAGUCAACUGCGUCUUCCAAGUCGCUUUCCAGUGUACCCGUUGGUGUCGUUUAUCGCAUAGUUGCAAAUCUUGCUAUCUUCCAAGAUGAAAGGAUCCUCGCAAUCAUCGAUAACCAUUCUCCGGAAGAACCCUUGACCGGCUGGCCAAGUGACCCUUAUCCUCCGGGCAUGUUUAUUCUGCUUAUGCAUCAAAAUCCACGCGUUCGUCAGUGGGCGAAAGGUCAAUUUGCCAGAUGUUCGCAGAUUCCAUUGUCAAAGGAAUCCUUCGGUGGACCAUAUCAUCGUGUUCUGGAUAUUCUGGCGCACGUUUUCUCAGGCAAUUCAGAAUUUGUUCCCGAGACAUCCUCCAAAGCUCCCACUUUGCUGCUCAAUACUCUUUCAUCGGAUAAUUCAAUUCUUUGGGAGGCAUUCUUGUACGCACUACGGUUGAUACCCCCAGACGAACUGUUAUACGUGACCUCGCAAAACAUCGAUAUGCGGCGUCUUGUUGUUAGGCAUUUGUCUGACCGAGGACCUGAAUUCGCGCCCAUUCUGCGUUGUUUUACAGUUGUGAUGAAGCGGCUCGGUGUUCGGUUAUGGUUGGGCGAGGGACCUGAAUACCCGCAGGUCAUAUUUGAUUCAGUCAAGGACAACGACAUAGCGAUGACCCGGCUGCUCGAAGAGCGCCCUAAAGAGAAUAUGUGGUUUCUUUCGUGGUUUCUGGAGUACCUUUCUUUGAUACAUGACACGGCCAUAUAUGCGCAAGUCGUUGCUAAAAUGGCCAACUACGUAUGUGAAGAACUGCAAGUAGAACGUUUCGGAGAUGCACGUCCAUUCGUAAUGUCGUUAGCCGCGAAGUUUCUCAAGUCGCAGAAGAAAGACGAUCAUCGUGUUGCGAUCACAAAUGUUCUGGGAAUACAUGCUGAAACUUUAGUGUCCGUGGCUUUCUCCAGUUCGUAUGCCGGUAUGGAAUGGAAGGCAGCCCGCACAGACACGCAAGAUCUGAUUACAGCCGUCAUGGGUCAAGAUCUGUCCCGUAUAUUCACUGCUGUGUCAAGUCUUGCGCAAGCUUCAGCUGAUGCCAAAAAGGCGCCGGCAAACUUUGCGUCCCUAGAUCUCAGACAUCCUAUAUGGAAGAGAACAUUUGCCGCUUUGCAGAUCAAUGACGGUGAAGGGAUUGCUGUCAUUUUGCCUGUUAUAGCCCAAGUCGCUCAUCUUGACCGCAUGCAUGAAGCCGCGUUUCGUAAAGUUACGAGCAUCUCCGGAGGUUCAAAGCUUCUGUCAGAAGUAAACGAAUUUCUGGCUGCGAUAAGAACAGAUUUCCUCGCCUCCAUUUCCAACUUCUCCGAUCGUAACACCUCAUCGUCUGGUCUCGAACUUCUACAGCGACCGGGGAUCGUCAAGAGCGUUGUCAAGUUAAUGAUCUCUCCCGUGGAAGAUCUGCAGGUAGCCGGACAGACUGUAGUGGGCUUGGCAUUCGAUGCAGAUGUACGCAUGGAUUGUUUUCGCGCUUUGCUAGGGAAUCAUCCGGACGUGACGUUGGAGGGAAUCUUUGAAUACCUCUCAACUUUCAGGGAGCAUUCGUACUCCGUGCCCGAGGCGUGCAGUCUGUCGAAGUCGCUCGUUCGUUGCUUGACCGAUAUCAUGGAAGUCUUAUGUGCAACUCCCAAAGGGCUUCUUAACAACCUUCGUUUCUUGCGAUCAUCUGAUCCCAAAGGUCCCGCGGCGCAGUUACCGAGACUCUGGACUUCCAUGAACCAAACGUUAGCGCUCAUUUUCAAGCGUACGCCUGCUUGGGCACGGUACUAUGAUAAUGAAGUGAUGAUUGUGUGGAUGCGAGACGCCCUCAUUUUUGGCCGCGAAAUGCUAGCAGAGCGCGGUGCAUUCGAAUCAGCAGCAAGCACUGUCACUGCCGGCACACAGUUGCAGAGCAAGAGCAUACCCAAAAAGAUGCUGACCGACAUGCAACAAAUCUUGACGGAACUGACGCGCUGGUUGCGCCUCACGGACGAGGAACUCUUGCAUCAAUCAUUUACUCUCAUCGAGUCCCUUUUCACCUGUUUCAAGGAGAGCAAGAUUACACCUCAGAAGGAUGUUGUUGAUAGGCUGAAGAGAUAUUUGAAGGAAGCACGGGAAAAAAGUACCCCGGAUGGUCCUCGUACUCGUUUGUCAUCGAGUAAGCUCAACAAGCUACAAUCUAUCCUCGAUUCUUUCGAGGACGAAAGCGAGAAGGAGAUAGAGAUUGUGUCUGUUGUUGCUAAGCCGAAGCCUGUCCCUAUCUCUAUCGACGACGACGACGACGAUGUGGAAGUCGUAGAGAAAUGGGAACUCAAGGGCAAAGGAAAGUCUAGCAAACCCGUACGCAGCGAUGGAAAACCCCAUGUCAAAGCAGCCCUUCCUUCGCAUUCGAUUUCCGCAAGACCCUCCAAACCCUCCAAACCCUCCAAACCCUCCAAGCCCACCAAGUCGUCCUAUUUCAGUGAGAAGGACCAAAAAUUGCUGGACCAAACUGUUGCCAUCCCCAAAUUCCGCAGAUCGAGCGGUUCAACCGCUCCGGCCGGUUCAUCGAAGCACCCUCCUACACGCCCCAGUGACGGUUCGAAGGACGGAGGGUCCUCCAGGGCUUCUACGGUUUCUCGAAACAACUCCGAGUCCAGUGAGUCCGAGAGCGAAGAGGAAGAGUCUCAAGGCGCCAUUUUGCGAUCCAUGGCUGACAAAAAGAAGGAGCUGAGCAAGCUACCCAAGAUAAAGAAGAUACCCGAACGCCGUCAAAUCAAAACCAUUGAUGUGGCGACCGGAAAGAGCGCUAUGGAAGAACGACUCAAGCAACAGCGUGAAGCUGAUGCGCAGCGACGAUUAGCCGCGAGGAUGAAUCCUGAUGUGACCGGGCUUCAUCGUGCUCUUUUAUCGUGGAAUUACAGUCAUCAAGGGCCUAUCCCUCCGGGAGAAAAUCUACGACCGAUGCGUGUACCGGACAACUUCACCGAUCCUGCGCAUUACGGAAGAAUUUUUGGGCCUCUACUGCUGCACGAGCUCUGGGCCCAAAUCGAAGAUACUAAGCAGAAUGUCCUCGAGUUCUAUUCUUGUACCAUCAGUGCAAGAAGCCAUAGUGAUUCCUGGGUGGAUAUUGAAGUUGCUAUCCAAGAAGGAGUUAGGAAGGAUUGGUACCUAAUUGAAAGCGACGUUGUUCUCCUCCAAAGUCGCGAAGGCAACAAUUCCGUCAUGGCCAAAGCAAGCGGCUCAAAACAAAGCAGUUCCGGACUCGCCUGCCGACUUCGUGUUGUGGCUGACGGAAAUGAUCAUGGACUUCAAAUUAAUACCAUUUGGAAGCUUGCCAAGUUAUUCAGCUUGAGCACAAUUCAUCGCGAAUACUCUGCGCUUGUCACGCUUCCUUACUACGAUAAUGUCGACACUAUACUACGGCCUCAGCUGGCCCCUCCGCCGUUGAUUAACCCUCAGGAUAUCCAACAAACAAUGCAAACGUAUAGAGUCAAUGAGCCUCAAGCCACUGCUAUCGAGAGUGCUUUGAAGACUGAAGGAUUUGUUCUCAUUCAAGGACCUCCAGGCACCGGUAAAACGUCCACAAUUUGUGGUCUUAUUGCUGCAUCUAUAUCUCGACGACCGCGCCUCAUCGCUCACCCUGGGAAACCGCCUCCAGUUGUCCCAAAAAUACUUCUGUGUGCCCCAUCUAACGCUGCCAUUGAUGAGAUCGUGUAUCGCCUCAAAGAAGGUUAUCGAGGGUCUCACAAAACCUCUACACCUAUCAAAGUUGUGCGUACAGGUGCUAUAACUUCUAUGUCACCGAUGGUGAAAGAUGUAUCAUUGGAUGCUUUGGUGGACGAGAAGCUGGGUAACAAACCACAGCCGUUGAAGGAUAUGGAAAACCAGCUUGCUGCACUUCAGACGGAACUUGCUAAUAUCAAGGCGCAGAGAGCCCUCAAGCAGGUAGAACUGGACUCAAUCAGCGAUAACGUGGCAAGAAAACACAGCUUAGCAGGAGAAAUACGUGAAUUGAACAAUCGUCGAACAGCCGUAUCCCAGCGGUUGGACAGCGUCAGAGAUCAAGGACGCUCAGAUUCGAGGUUGAUGGAUACCAAUCGGCGUAGAGCCACGGACGAAGUCAUGGCUGAAGUUGAUGUCAUCUGUACCACCUUGAGCGGCGCAGGUCACAGGGACAUGGCACAGCAGAUAGCGUUUGAUAUGGUCAUUAUCGACGAGGCUGCUCAGGCCAUAGAGCUGAGUUCCUUGAUCCCGUUGAAAUAUCGGUGUUCAAGAUGCGUGAUGGUAGGAGAUCCUCAGCAGCUACCCCCCACUGUGUUGUCGACGGAGGCGACCAAGUACAUGUACAACCAGUCUCUUUUUGUCCGUCUUCAGCGUUCGAGACCGGAAGCCGUUCAUCUCCUCAGUAUCCAAUAUCGGAUGCACCCAGAGAUAAGCCGUCUUCCAAGUCGCCUAUUCUACGAUGGUCGCCUUCUCGACGGCCCCUCGAUGGACGAGAAAACCUUUCAACCAUGGCACACUUUGUCAAAAUUCGGCGUGUACAAAUUCUUCAAUGUUGUCAAUUCAAGAGAGGAGAGCACCAAGGGAAAAUCCUUCAGGAACGUCUCCGAGGCGCGAGUUGUCCGUGCUUUGUACGGCCGGUUAAUAAAACAGUUCAAGGAUAAGGAGGACAUUCGGGUGGGCAUAAUAACUCCUUACCGGGGUCAGGUCCUCGAGCUGCAUAGGCUGUUCGAAGAGGAAUUUGGGAGGGAAAUUUCAAACAAAGUAGCUUUCAACACAGUUGACGGCUUCCAGGGACAAGAGAAGGACGUGAUCAUACUUUCGUGUGUGAGGGCUGGACCAGGGGUAACGAGUGUAGGAUUCUUGGCUGAUGUAAGACGAAUGAAUGUUGCGUUAACCCGAGCCAAAUCCAGCGUCUUCAUUGUGGGGCAUGCACCGACCCUCGAGAGAAGCGACAAGUUUUGGACACAGAUUGUAGCCGAUGCUCGAGAGAGGAGUUGUUUGGUAGAUGCUGAUAUAAAGUACUUCACUUCGCCUGACACCGGGCAACAGCAAAGCGCUCUUAUUCAGAAGAAGCCUUCCUCGAAAACCCUCGCUGCUUCGGCACCAGCGAUCCCUUUGAACUUGGCGACUCCCCAGCAGCUCAAGGCCGCUGUAGACCGGACGUCGGCAUCGAAAAAUCCUAGCCAAGGUGUGGGACGUGAAGCCGAACCUCGCAAAGGCGUUAAACGAAAACACUCUGGCGCUGAAAUGCCACCCCCUGCUCCAGCCCAACCACAACCGCCGCGCCAAUCACGACCGCCUCUACAAGAGGGAGGACCUCCGAAGCCUCCACCUCAGAAGAAGAAGAAAAAAGAGACCUCAAUAUUCAUUCCAAAGAAGCGGCGUGGGGACGAUAAUCACGGGCCAGGACCGUCUACGAAUAGACCGAGACUGAAUUAGACAUUAUAUCGCUUCAUUUGCAUUGCAUUUUCUGUUUCACCUCCCAUCAUCACUGGACUCACGCAUAUAAUUUAUUGGCUUUCGUCAUGCAAGUAGCUGUCAAAUAUUGUACCGUUUCAUCUAUUUCUUGGUUGAUACUCUCCCUAGUGUAUCUAAGAAUGCAUGUAUUCAUAAUUUCAAAAGUAUUCAUACUUUAGCACCUAUGACAGAGUCCUGGAAAAUGGGGCCAAUUAUUAACUCUAGAAAUAUCAGCGGGACCAUCGAGGCACAGAUGCAUCCAGAUAUCAUAAACGUCAGCCCAUAUCCCAGUUUUUGAAUGGCCUUCUGUUGGAGCGCGACCAGGAUAGCAGCAAAC